AUGUAUGAUGUCUCAACUCAUGCUGAAGAAAAAUCAACUUCUGGUCUUGUUAUAGGUAAUCCUGAUGAAACCCUUAUUUUCAAUUCUCCUGAUGCUGGUAGGAAACUAGGGUUAGAAGAUUUAAAUGAUGCGAUAGAUAGUACUAAGAACAUGGAAAUAGAUGUUGGUAAUGAAACAAAUGUCAAUGAUUUUAAUGAUCAAGAUCCUGAUAAUACUGGUGCUCGUAAGGAUGUUGGACCAGAUGUUGAAACAUCUUUGGACCAACCUAGGAACUCCAUUGAUGUCACUACAAUUGAAGGUGGUAAUAAGGACCUUAGUGUUAAGAAUGCUCUAGAAAUAGUAGUAAACUCUUAUAAGUCUCCUGAAGACGUUGUUUCUGAAGAAGAAGAAGAUGAGUCUGAAGAGGUCUCUAAGGAAACAGAAAAGGAAGAAGACUCUGAGACUGAAGAUAAGGACAAGGAAGUGGUUGAUGUUGAAGAACUGAACCUAGUUGACAUACCCCUAGCUAAAACUCAUGGUGAUGGUGUAGCUAAGAGGUUGAGAAGCAACAAAGGGAUAGUUGUAGUUCCUUCUAGCACACUCCCUAAGAAAAGAACUACCUCUUUAGCUGAAACUCCCAAAAGCAAGACUAAGGCUACAAGUGUGGGUCCUAAUAAAGGAUGGAGUAAAUAUGAAGUUGAGGAGGAUGCUCUCAACAUCAUUACCUCAUUUCAUCUUCUUGAGUUUACACAAAGAUGGAAGUUCAUAUACCACAGGAGAGUAGCUGUUCAAAGUGAACUGAGUGAAAAGACUGUUAAAAUCAAAGAAGUCAUGGAAUUGAUCAAAGAAGCUGGACUUGUGAAGACUGUAUGCAAUCUUGGUGAUUGCUAUGAAAAGCUGGUGAAAGAGUUUGUGGUCAACAUUCCUGAAGACUGUGAUAACCCUCUGAGUAGGGAAUAUCAGAAGGUGUAUGCUAGAAGAGAAUGUGUCAACUUUUCUCCCAACAUUGUCAACAGAUUCCUUGGAUUGGCUGAAGAAGAUAUUACUGAACUGGAAGCAACUGACAAUCAAGUCAGUAGGGAAGUCACUGCUAGUAAGGUGAGAACUUGGCCAAAGAAGGGAAAGAUCUCAUCAGGAAAGCUGAGUGUGAAGUAUGCCAUUCUCAAUAGGAUUGGAGCAGCAAAUUGGGUUCCCACUACUCACACCUCAAAUAUUGCAACAAGUUUGGCAAUACUUAUUUAUGUUGUUGCCACUAGAGUUAAGAUGGAUUUUGGUAGGUAUAUCUUUGAUCAACCAUGA